CCUGGGCAUUGACGUUUUGUGACGUAAAUGUUCGAGAAGUGAGAUUUCACAACAAAUGUGAAUCAUUGAGUGUAAAGUGCUUCAUAAUGUGAUAAUUUUUGGUGAACAAAUCAAGGUAUUCAGCUCUGUUUGCAUGUUAAACCAAUUAUUAGUUUCUUUCUUGGUGUAUAUUCCAGAAAAUACGAAAAAAACCCUGUAUAAUAGCAUUAAAAUUGGCAAAAAGUCUUGCCACAUUGGCAUAUGAAAGUGUCAUCACCUGAUUUUGACAACUCAACUUGAUGAUGUUAGCAUAAUGGUGAUUUCAAAUUUUAGAAUGCCCAUCCAGGCACCACAGUGGACGGAAUUCCUUCUAUGUCCGGUAUGUUGCAACUCUUAUGACGAGAAAUUACGCAGCCCUAUCAGUCUGGGUUGUGGCCACACAAUAUGCAGAGGUUGUCUAUCAAAUCUGCACAGAAAACAGUGCCCCUUUGACCAGACAAACAUAAGCAUUGACAUUGAAAACUUACCAAUUAAUACAGCACUGCUACAACUCGUUAGUCCAAACAUUCGAAAUGACAAUGACGAAAUUGACUGUAAAAUCAUUCCUAGGGAAUACUUAGAAAAUUAUUUAGAUUGUAAGAGAAAUGUAGAAGAAUUGGCUUUGUAUUUGAAGCCCUAUCCUAGCGGUAGUGUUUGUGGUAAUGGAAGUAUAUUAUCCAGACCUAUGCAAAGAAAACUAGUCACUCUAAUUAACUGUCAGUUAGUUGAAGAUGAAGGCAGAACUAGGGCAAUGAGGGCUGCCAGGUCACUCGGGGAAAGAACUGUGACUGAGCUUAUUUUGCAACAUCAAAAUCCUCAGCAGUUAUCUGCUAAUUUGUGGGCAGCUGUUAGAGCGCGAGGAUGUCAGUUUUUAGGACCUGCUAUGCAAGAAGAGGUGCUCAAACUAGUACUUUUAGCACUAGAAGAUGGUUCAGCCUUGUCCAGAAAAGUACUAGUGAUGUUUGUGGUCCAAAGGCUUGAGCCACAUUUUCCUCAAGCUUCAAAAACUAGUAUUGGUCACGUUGUUCAGUUAUUAUAUAGGGCGUCGUGUUUUAAGGUAUCGAAAAGAGAAGGCGACUCAUCUCUUAUGCAACUGAAAGAAGAAUUUCGUACGUACGACGCUUUAAGGAGAGAACAUGAUGCACAAAUUGUUCAAAUAGCUACGGAGGCCGGACUAAGGAUAGCUCCGGAUCAAUGGUCUGCCUUGCUUUAUGGAGACACGGCUCAUAAAUCCCAUAUGCAGAGCAUAAUUGAUAAACUCCAGACGCCUCAGUCGUUUGCUCAGUCUGUGCAGGAACUUGUUAUAGCUUUGCAGAGGACCGGGGAUCCCGGGAAGUUGUCUGUUUUGAGGAACCACUUGGAUUUGCUGGCUGCUAUAGAUCCUAGUCCAGAAUCUCCACCUCCGACGUGGAGUGCAUGCUCUGAAUGUUUGGAAGCAGUACGACAAGUCGUGGCCGGGUUGGUGGAAUUCAUUCAUCAACACGGUAGUCGAAAAUUGCAAGAUACCGCCCAUUCUCAACAUACGAAAUACAAAAUCAGCAUGUGUCGCGAUCUGACUCUAAGGGGCAGUUGUCCCAGAGGGACCAACUGCACUUUUGCGCACUCCAAUGAGGAGUUGGAAAAGUAUAGAGCAAAGAACCGCAAAAGUAUUACCAGAAACAAGGAGCACCGUAUCGAAAACCAAUCACCGACAGAAAAACCCUUUAAUAAUCAAACUGACGAUUACUAUCCCAUAUCUAACGCGUCAACUAUCAGUCCGGUAUCGCUCCCAGGCGUAGUUCAAAUGCCGAGAAUGGGCUACGACGUGCCGUUCCAUCCAAAUCCCACUUAUCCCACCACUCAACCCUUUACGCAACCGGUGUACCCACCCCAACCGCCAUCAAAUUUUUCCGUUCACGAAAUGUACCCGAACAAUCCUAAUAUUAUGAUGACCAAUGGAGGGCAGUUUUAUCAGCCGCAGCAGGGGGAUUACCAGCAAGUCGGUGGUCAGCCUCAUCAAGGUGUUGACGUGAAGAGAGGGUGGGAUGUUGUGAUGUCGCAACUGGCUAAAAACCAAAGCUUCCAACAGCAAAAAAUGAACCGUAGCUCGACCAAAAGCCUCGCCGAAUUGCACCAGCGCAAGCAGGAAGUCAUCUCUCAGCUAGAAAAGGUGGUGGGAAAGAACGCCGCGACUGAAAUCUCCAACAACGCCAGCUCGCUGGCCAGACAAGAGUCGCAGCACGACAUGGAGAGUCCCACGUCGCCGUACAACUUCUUUUCAGGGCAUAUCACGUCCGGACCCACGUUCGUGAGAUCGGACUCCAUUUUGGCGGCCGAUGACGAUUACGUGCCGUACGAUUCGCCCGCUAUCAGCAAAUACGGGCCGAUUUCUAGGAUGCACAAGGAUAAUGGGAUCAAUCAGAGUGGACAGUUUAGGGAUAGCCAGGCAUUGAUACGUCGACCAGUCACUUCAGCAAGUCCGGUUGCUUCAUGGUACGUCAACAACAACAGUCACUACCAUCAAGCUCCCGUACAGACAGGCCACCCCAUGGUGGGACACCCAGGAGGUGAAGGAUAUGUACCUUACUCCUCUCAGUUUUUGUUUCAUCCGAGACUACAAGAUCCGUCCAAGGAAUUGUUGGCGGAAUCGCAACGGGUGAAACUUCAAAUUCGAAAUUUGGAAAAGCAGCUCAACGAUUUGAAAAUCGCCACCCAAGGCGUUACGAAUUUGACCGAGAGCGAAAGACUGACGCAGGAGUUGCAGUUGUUGGAGCAGGGCAUACAGGAGAAACAGAAGGAAGCUUGUCUGUCAAAAAUCGUUCAAUCACUAGCAAUGGGAAACUACAGCAAUGGGAAUCCACCGGGAACUUCAGACGAUGCAAUGUAUGAUGCUAGUAUUGCUAAUGACAUGCGCGAACUCGAGCUCAGGUUGCAAGAAGAGUUAGAGGAAUGGAGCGGCGAGGAUUCGCCGAAAUAAUUCUUUAUUAAUUAUAUUAAUUAUUUUCGAGAGUAUGGCGGGCUUUAAAAUAGAUGUCCGAUUAUUUGAUUUGAUUUAUCAUAGAAUUAUUGUAUUAAAAUAUUAUUUUUGAUAAAAAAAUAUUCUACCUAAUGGUCUUUUUCUAAAAAAAAAACACUGUGUCAUUUACCGACCAAAUUGGUGUGUGAUCUAUUUUAAAGUGCCGUUUUUACUAGUUUUCGGUAAAGUUUACUCUCAAAAUUUCAAGACGGUGAUUCUAUAUAGUGGGAGCAAACUUUUUGUGUUUGUAAUCAUUUUUUACGUGUUAUUCGCUUAGGUCUUUAUUUGGUUUUUCACCUUGGUUAUAUAUUUUUAUUAUGGUGGUAGGUCUGUCAGUUUGUCUGUCAAAAUGCUUUUGACCGCAGCCGUUUAAAAUAUCCUUACAAAAAUUCGUUUCUUUACCACCCUGACAUUCAUGAAAAACCAGUUAGUAGAAUAUGAGAUACUUUCUUUAAUUUUUCCUCGGAUCUGGGGAAAUUUGGAGAGUAUGUCUGGCAAUACCGCGUCGCAUGAAUUAAUGGUAAUGCUUCAUAAUUUCCCAGUUUUCUGGGGAAAUUUUGAGAAUACUUAUCAAUGAUUCAUGCGAUGCAGUGUUUCCAAAUAUACUCCACAAAUUUCUCCAGAUCUUGGGAAAAAUCAAUGAAGGUGUGCUGAAAUAUCCCAUCUACUCCGCUUCAAUAAGAUUUGUUUUUGCCUGAAUAAUGAUGACCCAAACAUCAAUGUACUAUCUGGUAUAUUUUUACGGUUAUCAUUAAGUAAAAUGUCAAUCUGUCACAUAUGUUUGUGGUCAAAAUUUAAAAGGGCGUUCUAUAAUUUGUUUUAGUUAACUUAGUAAACACAAAAAUCCUGAAAAAAUUAAUAUUUUUGAAACAAGGUUACUGAAAAUUAGUGACAUUUGACGGAACCGGAACAACUGUUGAUUUUUGUUUGUUGUUCCCGUUUUUAUUGACGUAAUAGCUAUUGUCUUUGACGUGUAAACAUUCGUGUUUCGUAAUUAACUUCUAACAACUAUCCAAUUCUAAAAAAAGAACGGUUCACGUUAUUUUAUAUGGGUUUUUUGGCUCUAUCACGAAAUGGCGCCUUUUGAAAUAGCGCCUGUCAAAAUAGCUCUUAUUAAAAUAGUGUCAAUCAAAACGCCGACCAAAAACAAAAACAGCGUUUAUUAAAAUAGCAUCAAUCAAAACAGCGCCUGCACGAAAUAGCGCUUAUUAAAAUAGAGUCAUUCAAAAAAACGCCCAAACAAAACGAAGGCUAAACGAAAAAGCGCUUAUUAAAAUAGCGGCAGCCAAAACAGCGCUUAUUAAAAUAGCAUCAAUCAAAACAGUGCAAGAACAAAACAGCGCCUGCACGAAAUAUGCCUAUUAAAAUAGCGUCAAUCAAGAAAGCGCCCGAACAAAACCACGCCGAAACGAAAUUACGCUUAUUAAAAUAGCGUCAGUC